AUGAAAUCAUCUACUAAGAAUACUCCUUCCUCGUCCACUGCAAAAACCUCUGAAAUGGGAACAAGCUCCUCCAUGCCUGAAAUUACGCAUGCCAUCCUAUUAACCAUAGUAAUUCCCAUGCCGAAAAUUGCAAAUACACCUAUUAUUGUGUCCACCCCUGCAACCACUCCUCAUCCAUCCCCAAAGGUUGAACCAAGUUCUCCACCUAAGAAAAAUCCUCCUCAGCCUAAAAGGAAGAGGGAAUCCAAGAAAUUAAAUGUCAUUUCAACAUAUGAGGAAUUGUCUGAUGAUCCUAGCCCUCCCCCAAAGACUAGGAAGCUAACUCAAAUAGGAAACGGGGUUAGUGCUAAAACAUCCUCCAAAAAAGAAUCCAUAGAACCUUCCCCCACAGAGGAUCCACAAGUUAAGGGGACUAACUCACAAGAGGAGUCUUCAGAACCCAAGAAGAAAAUGACUCCUACUAAGAGGGCCAUUCCUAGGGCUACCAAGAAAACCAAACAGACUUUUGUAGAAGUUAUGCAAGAGCAUCCUUGGUGGAGGAGCCGAGGUUCGACUCAUGCCACCACCUCCCCCCCUUCCCCUCCUCCACAUGGAAUUCCCGCAGUGAGCGGUGCCCGCGGUGGCCGUUGCGAGCGGCGCUCGCGGUGGCCAUUGCGAGCGGCACCCAUGGUGGUCGCUAUGAGCGGCACCUGCGGUGGCUGCUGGGAGCGGUGGCCAUAG